GUUCAACAUAAUCUGUGACCUGUAAAUUUGUCUGUGGUGAACUGGGGAAGGGGGAAGUGUGGUAUCGUGGUGAUUGAUUUGAUUACUGGACAAAAACAAGUGCAUUUGUCGUAAAAUUAAGUAUUUUUCAAGUACCUACAUUAUACAUUUUACAUACCGAUAAUGGAAUAUAUAUCACCUGAAGAAAUUCUUCCUUCAAACAGCACAAGGGUACUUUGCUGCCAAUGUGCUGUUCCUAUUGAAGCAAAUCCAUCCAACAUGUGUGUUGCGUGUCUACGAGGUCAUGUGGAUAUCACUGAUGGUAUACCUAAACAGGCCACUUUGUUCUUUUGUAGGGGAUGUGAGAGGUACUUACAACCACCGGCUGAAUGGCUGGUUUGUGCUCUUGAGUCCAGGGAACUGCUUGCAUUAUGCCUUAAGAGGUUAAAAGGUUUGAACAGGGUUAAACUUAUUGAUGCUGGCUUUGCCUGGACUGAACCACAUUCAAAAAGAAUAAAGGUGAAACUAACAGUUCAAGGUGAAGUUAUGGGAGGAGCUGUGCUUCAGCAGACUUUUAUAGUGGAGUACACUAUACAACAUCAAAUGUGUGAUGCCUGCCAUCGCUCUGAAGCUCAAGAUUAUUGGAGAGCUUUAGUUCAAGUAAGGCAAAGAGCUAAUAACCGAAAGACUUUUUAUUAUUUGGAACAAUUAAUUUUGAAGCACAAAGCUCAUGAAAAUACCCUGGGCAUUAAACCCAAACAUGAUGGACUGGAUUUCUUUUAUGCAACUGAAAGUCAUGCACGUAAAAUGGUGGACUUUGUACAAUCAGUUCUUCCAAUCAAAUGCCAGCAUUCCAAGAAACUUAUAUCUCAUGAUAUUCACAGCAAUGUAUACAAUUACAAAUUCACAUUCAGUAUUGAAAUUGUACCAUUAUCAAAGGACAGCCUAGUUUGCCUGCCCAAAAAGUUAACUCAUCAGUUGGGUUCUAUAUCUCCAAUUUGCUUGGUUAACAGAGUGACCAGCACCAUUCAUUUAAUUGAUGCUAAUACCGGACAAGUUUGUGAUCUUUCUUCAACACUGUACUGGCGAUAUCCUUUCACUCCAAUCUGCAAUCCCAAGCAAUUAGUGGAGUAUAUUGUGAUGGACAUUGAUAUUUUAAAAGAACAUGAAAAGAAGUCCUUUCCAGGUCAAGGUGCGGUGUCUAACAAACAUGUGGUGGCUGAUAUUUGGGUUGUUAAAGCUAGUGAACUGGGUCUUGAUGUGAACCCAGUACAUACUAAAACCCAUCUUGGACAUAUAUUGAAGCCUGGUGAUACAGUUUUAGGAUACAACCUUAGCAACUCGAACGUAAAUGAUUCAAACUUCGACAAGUUGGACCCGAAUGUAGUGCCCGACGUUUUUCUGGUGAAAAAGUUUUAUGGCGAGCGAUCCGCACGGCGCCGCGCCCGUAACUGGAAACUCAAACACAUGGCAGAAGAACUCCAUGAAGGCCUUAGCUCUACUAACGAAGACUACAACGAGUUCCUUGAUGACUUGGAGGAAGACCCUGCGUUCAGACAAAAUAUCAACAUAUUUAAAGAUCAAAAUAAAAUCCCUGUUGAUACAGAUGAAAUAGACCCUACAUUGCCUCGCAUCACCCUGGCCGAAAUGUUGGACGACUUAAAUAUUGAAGAUGUUGAAAUGACAGAAGUUUAAGUUUUGAUUAUAUGAUUAAAUGCAAAGUUUUUAAAAUGUUAAUAUAUUGUUAAGAUUAAUUUGAACUAGUGUUUUUAAUGA